UUGAAUUCCAUCAGCAGCGCCGGGGCAACGGUCCCCGUUUCGGCCCAGAGAGGUCUCAGCAUCUUCUGGCAGACGGAGUUCACAUCCAGCCAACACUGGUAGUUUUACAAGGGAGCGCCUGCUCACAUUCACCGUAAAGCCCCGGUGGCCCGGGCGGUGUUGUGCCCUCCCCCUGAGCAACAAUGGGAGAAGUUUGUGAGGAGAAGAGCACGGAGCCGUGGCUGUUUUUUAUCUGGCGGAGCUGCAACGCCCUGAUGUCUCUGUUCUUUGCUCUGGCCUCAUAUGUUCAGAUCAAUGAUCCAGACGCAGGAUUAUGGAUGGUGGGUUAUGGAGUCCCUGCUCUCCUGUGUGCGUUAAUUGGCUUUCAACCCAGUGUGACAGAAACGUUGCCCUGGAGGCGCGGGGCUGACCUCCAUGUCCUGAUCUCCACUGCAGUUAUAUCCACCUUAGGGUGGCGACUUUACAAAGAGGGGGUCACCAACGUCUUCCAGCAGGAGGAGGGCAGAGAAUUUUCUGGUCUGACGUUGACGGCUGUUUGGCUUCUGCUUUGCCGCCACUCUGGAAGGGCUCCCGUUGGGAUGCUGAGGGUCUCUACGGCUGUUGCCAUUACAGCGUUCCCCUUUGUGGCCUGGCUUUAUUUCUACAUCAACAAAGAGCUGAGAUCAAAUUGGCCCUCGCAUUGCAAAACGGCCAUUUGAACAUCCAUAUCUCUCAUAUUAAGUCUGAAGAAACUCCUGAAUGAUAGAAAAAUAUUGCUUUGUUUAUAAGAGAUAAUGUGCACUUAAAUGUUUUGUAUAAUGCCUCCGAAUCAGAAUAAGAAAGUGUAAAUAAUUACAUUAAAAAAUAAUAAAAGGAAUCGUGAG